AUGAAAUGCGAUCAAUCCAAUGAAAGUUUAUUAUUUCCUGUACAUCACAAUCAUAGACAAGACACGCAUUUAUUAUCGGCACUACAUUUGGAAGACUUUGAUGAACUAGACAUCGAACAAAUAAUAUUGAAUGCAUAUUACAGAACGAUCAAUCUUAUUCAACCUUCAAAGAUAUCAACAUUAUUAAAGGAAUGUGGUAUUUUUGCUUUAGAAUCAUUAAGUAACUAUGUUUACAAACAAUUAAAUACAAACUCAAGAUUGUUUGAUUACUCUACACAAACAACAAAUGACGACAGUGAUGAAUUAGAACUAGAUGAGGACGAGGAUGGUGCCUAUGAUACAACAAACAGUGAUGCUGAAGACAACGAAGAACUAUUAGAGUCAAUCGGUGAAACCGACGACAAUAUUGAUGAAGAAGUCGGGACUUCAGUAAAAUCAACUUUCUCCGGCAUCAAUAUUGUAGAUAAAGUUAGUCCGCACUUGAACAAUUCAUAUUUCAAAAUCAAAAUUAACGAAGAUUGGCAAUAUUUGCAUAAAGAAUCAGCAU